AUGCCUAACACCAAGCCCCGCCAUCCGCCUCCAGAACACAUACAUCAGUUAUGGGACGCUUACAUGGAAAAUGUCGACCCUGUUACGAAAGUUUUUCAUGUUCCUACAAUAAGACCGGCUAUCGAAAAGGCUGCUGCCAAUACUGCGGAUAUACCGCGAGGCUUUGAAGCACUCAUGUUUUCUAUUUACAGCGCAGCUGUCAUGUCUUUAAAAGACGACGAGUGCAGACAAAAGUUUAGUGAGCCUCGCAGUGAUCUGCGAUCAAGAUAUAUAUGCGCCACGAAAUCAGCACUAUCGCGAGCCAAGUUUAUGGGAACCAGCAACCUCGUUGUUCUUCAGGCAUUGGUUCUUCAUCUUCUCUCGGUGCGAGAUGUAUAUGAGCCUCGUGCUGUUUGGUCUUUGACGGGUGUCGCUGUUCGCAUCGCACAAGGCAUGGGGCUUGAACGUGAUGGAGAAUACUUGGGCCUACCUCCAUUCGAGACGGAGAUGCGGCGACGCCUCUGGUGGCUACUGAAGACACACGACUUUCGUGCGGCUGAACUUUGUGGCCUAGCCAAGUUUCGAGACCUUGAUACCAGCGCCGAUAGCACUAGGUGGCCGGCCAACGUCAACGAUGAUCAGCUCUACCCGGGCAUGACUUCACCUGCCACUGAGUCCAAUGCCUUGACAGAUAUGGUAUUCAUUAGCUUGAGGGACGAGCUUGCCAAGUUUACAGUCGGCCGUGUCACUAUGUAUCGGCGUCAGGGAAAGCAUCCUAGCCAAUGGGAUCUAGGUGCAUCAGGGAACGAUAAAGGAGAGGUAGACAGAGCUUGCAAACAGAUCGAGGACAUUUUCGAAACGAAAUACUUUCGUUACUGCGACCCUUCACAACCGUUACACCUCAUGACAAUGCUGGUAGGCCGAUUUGCCUUGAACGUUAUCCGCUUUUUAAAACACCACCCGCGGAGGUGGCCCAGCAUAGAGCAGACGCCACUAUCAGAACGCCAAUUGGCUUGGGAAAUUAGUAUCAAACUUCUCGAGCAGCAGAGUAUGAUGCAGUCUAGUCCCACGCUCAAGCGAUUUUCUUGGCAAUCAGCGUACUUCCAGCAAUGGCACGCUUUAAUCCAUGUAUUGGAUACCCUUAAACUCAACCCACUCAUAGAAGACGCCGACAAAGCGUGGAAAACAGUUCGAAACAUAUAUGAAAACACCCCAGAAAUGAUUUCCGAUACAAAAAAGCCCAUCUAUAUAGCUGUGGGCAACCUCUGCCUAAAAGCAUACGCUGAUCGCGAAGCCGCGCUGCAGAGCAGAAACGUGUGUCUUCCACCAACACCAGAAUUCAUAUCGCAGCUACACCAACAACGCGACGUCUUGAAUUCUCAGAGACAAGUGCGAGAAGCCCAGGCUAGGCGACUUGAAACCCCAAUUAGCCACAGCUAUAACGAACAUCGCAAAUUGGGCCCACAGCCGGAGACCGAUAUCACCAACUUGGGCCAUGGUUUCGGGUAUGCAAAUUUUCAGCACGGCACAGCGUCACGGUCAUCGACACUUUCUCAAACUGUGGACACCACUGAUGACAAUUCAUUUUGGUUCAACCACGGCUUUGAGGACAGUCAUCUCUAUUUUGACGACGUGAUGAAAAUAAAUCCAGAUUUAAUGUUGACACAAGACCACAGCUGGGAACAAUGGGACGCUUUGCUUGCUGAUUCUAGUUAA